AUGGCGGUUGAGGAUAACAUUAUUUCUCAUUUUAAAAAGCAGGAAACGCUUGGAAAAGAAACCCUCGAGGGAUUAAUAGAUCGGCAUUUAAGAAACGACGAUCGGGAUGAUAUCUCACAGCAACAAAGGUCUCAAGGCUUGAGCGAACCCAUUGACACGAUCGUAUCCCGAGAGAAAACUCUCGAAAGUUGCGAACAGUUGCUCGCGGUGUACACAGAUAUGAUUAAACUCGGAUUUCUCGUCGAAAAAGCAUGGGAUUUGGAAACGAUGCGUAAAUGCGCACUGGUGAGAUUUAACAUAGAGACAAAUAGCGUAUUCAGCGUUACGCAGAAUCCGUCAAACUAUGGAGAAGAUUUCUACGCGGAAGUUGCUUUCAAAGCCAUUUCAAAAUGUGAUAAAGUGUCAAAGGGUCUCGAGCAAUUAACGCGAAAUCUGGAUGCUGUGUCUACGUACGUUCACCGCAUACCGUCGGAACAAUUCUUAGAAGAUUCUAAUUGCUUACUUCUCGAAAUGUGGUUUUUGUGUGGCAAAGUCUCGAGGAAUAUCAAAAAGAGAACUGCCGGCACAUUCAUGCGAGCCAAAUUACUACUGAUAGAUUGCGAUUUGGAUGCCAUGCGAUCCGACUCAGCCGUUAUUACUCAACACAUUACUUUAAAUGAAACGAUAACCGCGUAUCGGAACUUUAUGAAGAUUUUAUUGCAGCAGCUUCACAGUUGUGAACUUCACGAUGAACAAGGCCAGUUUGAAGAAUGUUUGCUUGUAUUCAUGGACGUUGAGAGUAUGUAUGCGGCUAUGAAAACCAAUUACCUACUUAUCGAGAAUGCGACGCCUGAACCUCCCUUCGAAGAAGACGAACAAAUGCAUGCUCUUGACACUAUUAACAAGUACGUUGACGAUGCCGUUCUGGAACACAAAGAGCCCGCUCUGGCCAACUUGCAUGACGACGACCGAAACACACGUAGGCGAUUGUCAGUUGGAUCUUCGACUUCAGAUCUUUCUUUGAUGAUGGAACGAACGUCGCUGUCCAAAGAGCUUCCUCAAUUACUACAAGCCUUCAACAAUGCCAAGAAUUUGGGGAAAGAAUUGGAAAGCAUAAGAUGCGACAAUGGAACGUUGAAUUCUUUGGGCUCUUGCUCUGUUCUUGAGUCGAACCUCAGUGACUCCAACAGUCUCGCAAAAAGCUUUAAAUCGGAUGAAUCGUCAGAAUUGUCUAGCACCCUUCUUACCAAGAACAUUCAUAUUAAGACCGGUAAGGACAAUUUAAAAAGCGAUCUAAGUUACACAGCAUUUGGCAAACCCCAAAUGCCACCCUUCGCUUCCCGGGAUAAGACCGCGAUUUCACCAAUAAACGUAGGAUUAGCUCAAAAUCGAAAAAUACAUGGUUUUGGUAGCAACGUCCUCAAUAACCUUUAUGGACUAAAUACCCGAGACUAA